AUAAACAGAUCUCACCACAAGAGCACCUUGCUCCUUAUUUAUAGUAUUUUACACAUAAAUAUGUAUAUUUUAAAAUGUUAUUAUAAAUAGCCUUAAUGUCCUAAAACAGCUUCUGGAAAGACUGCAAAUCUACGCAGCUCUUCGUGUCUUCUCACACAUCAUUGAGAAAGUAUUGCCUCCAGGACAGAAAAAAAAGGCAGUGAACAUGUAAGGUGGCCCUGGGUGGAGUCAAAAGCAGCCCCAGAGUCCCACUCUUUUAUACCAACACUUUGAUUUUUGUGUUCUGGCUUCACUGACGUUUUGAGAGUCUUGGCAGAGAAGCGUGGAAAAAGAAGAAUUGACAUUUAAGGCUGUUUUCUCUCACAUUUAUAUUUUCCCACUCGGACUGCGGCUCAGACAAACGGCAGAAUGGGGGCCUAUGAAGAGAAAAACACUUGUGGUACCAUCUGUCUGAAAUACCUCCUGUUUACAUUCAACUUUCUCUUCUGGUUGGCAGGGGGCGUGGUAAUGGGAGUAGGUGUGUGGACCUUGGUUGAGAAGAGUGACUACAUCAGCCUUCUCCCAUCCAUGACCUAUGCUGCUUCUGCUUACAUCCUGGUCUUGGCUGGAGCCAUUGUCAUGGUAACGGGCGUGCUGGGCUGUUGCGCCACCUUCAAGGAGCAGAGGAAACUGCUGCGUGUGUACUUUGUCCUGCUGCUGUGCAUCUUCCUGUUGGAGGUCCUGGCUGGUGUCCUGGCUUAUAUCUACUACCAGCAGCUGAAUGAAGAGCUGAAGCAGAACCUGAGGGAAACCAUGAUCAACAAAUAUCAGAAGGAGAAUUAUCAACACAUCACCAGAGCUGUGGACAAGCUGCAACAGGAGUUUAAAUGCUGUGGCAGCAACAGUUCUUCUGAUUGGGCCUCAAGUGUGUGGAUUCGCUCUAGUGCCUCCAACGGGAGGAAGGUGCCUGACAGCUGCUGUAAGAGUGUCACUGAGAUGUGUGGCCUCAGGGACCACCCCUCUAACAUCUACAAGGUGGAGGGUGGCUGUAUCACUAAACUGGAAAGAUUUAUUCUGGACCACCUGAAGAUCAUUGGAGCAGUGGGUGUUGGUAUUGCCUGUGUACAGGUCAUAGGGAUGGUGUUUACAUGCUGCCUGUAUCGAAGUCUAAAGGCAGAACCAUAUUAGGAGAAGCUAAAGAGCAUCAGUGCGUGGGUGGAGCAGGUAAUUCCAUCACCACACAUCAAGUCCAAACAGCCCAGCAUCCGUUGUUUUUCUUUACCGUUCACACAGAGGGGAGAAGACUUUUGCCAGAGAUUAGAAUUGUAUGUCAGAGAAUUGUGUCUUAGUAAAACAAAGCAGUAGGAGAUUUCUUGCCUCACCUUCAUCUUGAAGACAAUGGUGGUGUGGGGGGCGGGGCCCUGAGAGAAACAGAUGAGAAUUCUGAUGCAGAGUGUAACCAGGCCUCAUUGGGACAAGAGUCGUUGUAGUUUUUAUCCACUCUGAUCUCCUCUACCUGCAUUAGUAUGUGUGGAACAGAUGUUACACCUGAGACUGGUGUAAAGAUCAGCGGAGUAAAACAGGCACUUUGCAGAAAAUGUUAAUCUCCUGUUUGCCACAGCUUCUCUCCUCCAACAGCAGCUUAACAAGCCCACGCCUGAGGCCUUCCACUGCAGCGCUAUUCACUUUCCACCUGAGCUGAUUGGACAUUCAUUUGACUUCUUUUGAUAUUAAACAUUUCUUUGUUCAAUAGCGGCCUUUUCAACAUUUUAUUGGCUAGUUUUUAUAGGUUGAAAUUGAUGAUUUUUUUUUUCUGUAGAAGUUUUUUAGUUAGAGAUUGAUCAUGUUUUUAAACACGUGUCCACAUUUUCACUGGCUCAUGCUAACACUGUCAAGUAUUUAAACCUAAUACUGAACUGAUUUAUAUAAAACACACAGUCCUACAGAUUUAGCCUUAAUGAAGUGCCAUUUUUUACUUCCUUUUUAAUGCGACAUUUAUCCACUGAUGCCAAAGUUGAACCUCUCUGUAAGGCUCACUGUAUUUCCUUCAGCCUUGUUACGUAUCUACGGAAGUCUCCUUAGAUUAAUUUAAUAUGAUGACUCUUUUAAAUGAAGAUUUAAUUUACCUUUUUAUUAAACAUAUAUGUUAUAUUUAACAGACCUAGCCAAGACCAGUGAUUUCUUACUGUUUGUUGUAAUUGUUUCCUCAUGCCUUAAAGACAACAUAAAUUAAUCUGCUGUAUGACUAAACUUUGUGAUGAUCAUGGGUAUUUUUUUUUUUAAAUAAACAUUAACCAACACUUU